UUCUUAAGAUGAUCUAUAUAUACACAAGAACCCAUCUAGAAAUCUCAUAGACCUCAAAAACCAACCCAGCUAUGCUUCUCCAAGCACUCCUUGCACUGUUUGCCUUGCUAUUUUCAUACAAGCUAUGUAUUGCAAGGAGCAAGAGUAAGAAGACUAGGAGAAUAGAGCCACCUGAGCCGCCAUCCGCCUGGCCUGUGAUCGGACACCUUCGUUUGUUAGGUGGGCCACAGCCAUUCCAUCAAACGGCCGCGGCUAUGGCCGAUAAGUACGGGCCCAUCUUCAUGCUCCGGCUCGGCAUCCACCCAACACUUGUAGUGAGCAGUUGGGAGGUUGUGAAAGAGUGCUUUACUACCAACGACAAGGUUCUCGCCACCCGUCCAAAUACCGCAGCUGGGAAGUACAUGUGUUAUGACAAUUCCAUGUUCGGCAUGGCUCCUUAUGGACCCUACUGGCGUAGCAUGCGCAAGAUUACCACGGUCCACCUUCUAUCAAAUGCACGGCUGGAUGCGCUCAAGCAUAUUCAGGACAGAGAGAUCGACGCACAUGUAAAAAUGUUGUAUGGUCUAUGGGCGAAGAAUGAUGGGGGACCGGUUUUGGUUGGGAUGAGGAACUGGUUUGGAGACCUGACGUUUGAUGUGGUUGUGACGAUGGUGGUCGGGAAGCGAUUCGGCACGGACGGUGCGGAUGGUGAGUCGAGACGGUUCCGGAAUGUGAUCGAUCGGUUCUUGCAAUAUAUCUUGAUGUUCAUUGCAUCGGAUUUGCUUCCUUUCACUGAGUGGAUGGAUUGGAAGGGCCACAAGAGAGGGAUGAAGAGAGUUGCUGAGGAGCUGGAUUCGAUCAUCUCAGUGUAUCUGGAGGAGCACCGUCGGAAGAGAUUGUCUGAUGGGGCCCACAGUGAUCAGGAUUUCAUGGACGUGAUGUUGUCGAUCAUCGAUGAUGAUGAAUUCUCUUCCUACGAUCCUGAUACCACCAUCAAGGCAACUACCUUGUCACUCAUCAUAGGUGGGACAGACACCUCAGCAGUCAACUUAGCAGUAGCCCUCUCCUUCAUACUCAACAAUCCACACGUGUUAAAAAAGGCCCAAGAUGAGCUGGACAUCCACGUUGGCAAGGACAGACAUGUGGACGAGUCGGACAUCAGGAACCUAGUAUACCUCCAAGCUAUCCUCAAAGAAACGCUACGGUUAAGCCCUGUGAGUACAUUCUUACCAUUGCACGAGGCCAUGGAAGAUUGCCAGCUCGGAGGCUUCCAUGUCCCGGCCGGUACGCGGGUGCUGGUGAAUUCUUGGAAGGUGCAUCGGGACCCACGUGUGUGGCCGGACCCUUUGGUGUUUCGACCGGAGCGGUUUCUCACUAGCCAUGUGAACGUAGACGUUAGAGGCCAGCAAUUUGAAUACAUUCCAUUUGGGUCUGGUAGACGAUCUUGCUCGGGAGUUUCCUUUGCAAUGCAAGUCAUGCAUUUGACACUUGCACGCGUGCUUCAUGGCUUCGAACCAGCUCGCCCUUCGGAUGCAGCUAUGGAUAUUGAGAGCUUAACCGUUGGCAACCCCAAAUCAACAGCGGUGGAAGUCUUACUCAGUCCACGCCUUCGCUCUGAUCUUUAUGAGUAGAGAGAGAGAAGAUUGCAAUCUUACAAUAUCAGUGGUAAAUGAUUUUAUAUAGGCGUUUGGUUUCACUGCAUUUGGAAUCAUGAAUUUUGGAAGGAAAACCUCACUGAGGGUUUCUA